AUGUCGCAUAAUGAUUUCACAGAAGUGGAUGAUGCCGACGCCUUUCACAACAGCUGGUGGCGGGCUAUGUCCAGAUGCCAUGCUCCCCAGCUUCCCACGAGUGGUGGUCGCGGGCUUCCGCGCCGCAAGAGUCAGUACAUUCUGCAAUGCUCUGGAAAUCAGUCUACUCUCCCAAUCUUCGUCCCCAAUACGCGAGCCGCGAACCCCAUGGAGAGAUGGCGCGAGUCUCCUCCUGAGGAUGAGCCAGCCUCGAUCUCUGCUAUUUUGGAGGCGCUGAACUGCGCGCCCGGCAAACAGUUUAAUCCGGUAUAUUCCGACAGCGUCAACACUGAGGAUGCAGACUGCAACCUUCGUCAGUAUCGCGCACCACCAUCCACAACUAAUGGUGAAUCAAGCGCGUCCUCGAGAGCAUUACUGGAUUCCAAUCGCUCCCGCUCGUCCUCUCGGGAGUUCAAGGUCCGGAAGGGCCGCACGGCUAGCGGUCGAGCUAGAAAGGCUACACGCCGAGGGCGGACUCAGCAUACAGACCAUCGGAAAUUCUGCUGCACUUUCUGCUGUGACAAGUUCAAGACAAAGUAUGACUGGGCUCAGCAUGAGAAAUCGCUCCAUCUAAAUCUUGAGGAAUGGCAGUGCGCGCCCCACGGAACAAGUUGUCUCUUCGGUACUGACAGGAAGGAAUCACUGCGCCUUUUGCAAUGCGCUGGACCCGUCACCGUAACACCUGAAAGUGGUCAGAUUGUACCCUAUGAUGGAUACGAGCUUGAACUGUACCGGAAAGGAAACUGGUAUUCAGUGGCGAGUGAACCAGAAGGCUUCGAAGAGGUCAACGCCGAGAUUCAACAACUCAUUGUCAGCGUAAAGGCCACGCAGACUGUCGCCGCACUGAGACCACUGAAACACCGUCUCAGUAGAGACUCCACCAUUCUCUUCCUGCAGAACGGCUGUGGAAUGCUCGACGAUCUCAAUGAUAACCUAUUCCCCAAUCCAGAGACACGGCCGAGCUAUAUCACAGGCGUUGUCUCGCACGGCGUUACCCUGACUCGCCCAUUCUGCGUUACGCAUACGGGCUUCGCUGCGAUGUCUCUUGGCCUAGUACCCCAUGCGCACCCAAGACCGGACACAUCCCAUGCAAGUUGCAACCCUCUCGCGAGAAUACCUCCUGAACAUCCUCCCCACCUCGCCGCGCCUCAAUGCAACCGCCUAGUCCCUAGUCCGUGA